GCGGGAGGUAGGAGGAGGAGGAUCCGACGCAAGAGGACGACAAAGAGUGCGGAGGCGUCGGCGGAGGGAGGAGACGCUCGAGCUCGGCCCAUCAUCGGGCCGUUCCGCGGGGGCUGGCCAUGCGCCGCCGCCUGCGGCAGUGGCUGGAGCUGUGGGACGAGCAGGACGAAGCCGCCGGACAGGCCGAAGCGCAUCCAGCUCUGGAGUCGCACCCGAACGCACUGUCGCCAGACGGCAGGGCCACCUCCGUGCUGGUGCCCUUGUGCGGGCGCGGGCCAGACCUUGCCCGGCUCGCGGAGAAUGGGAUGCAGGCGGUGGGCGUCGAGUGUUCCCGCCGCGCCAUCGCCGGGUUCGCCUCCGACCACGGCUACGAGCUGUCCAUGGGCGACGGUGGCGGUGAGGACGUCUCCUUCACAACGUGGUACGCGGGGCCGUGCACCAUAUUCGAGGGCGACUGGUUUGAAGCCACCCCAGAGUUGCUCGGGGGAAAGUUCGAGGCCGCCUUCGACCACGGCGCCCUGGCGGUCGUGGAACCGAAGCGGCGCGCGGUCUACGCCACGGUGCUGUCGGCCAUGCUGCGCCCGACGGCCAGGCUGAUUGUCAUCGCGCCUGAGUUCGACGAGUCCUCCUGCGCGCCGGAGCUCACCGCGCUCGGGCCCCACAGCCUGCCCCUGCAGGAGCUCCGGGAACUCUUCCCCGAGUUCGACGCGGAGGUGCUUUUCGAGGCGGAGGUCGGCGCGCCGCCCGGAGGCCCACCCGGUGCCGACCACCCGUCGCCCUCCGGGAGGAAGGCCCUCGGCAGGCUGGCGGCUGCCGCGAACUUAGGCUGGGUGCUUGAGCGGGCCGUGCUGCUGCGGCGGGAGGCACCGCUGUACACGCCACGGCCAGGACAGGUCCCGCUGUGGACCCCGCGCGGCGUGUAGCCGGGCGCUGGAGCCAGCGGCGAGCGCUUCACCCGAAGAAAA